CAUCCUCCCUCCUUCUCUCUCUUCCUCUGUCCCGUAUCCAUUAGUCGCUACCCUUCUCGUGAAUAUCAUCCGACAAGAAGCACUUUAAUUUUUCGCAGUCUCUCCCUUUUUCCCUCUUUCCUUCUUCCCCCUCUGUCGCCUCCUGUCUGUCACCUUCAUCCCUCCCUCCUCCUCCCCCCCAUCCAUCCACGCAACGCUCAAGACAGAGUGAGAGAGUAAGAGACCACCAUCGACUUGUUUGGGUAGGGCUCCAGUUCGACCAAUUUCGGACCCGAGGUUUUCCUGCUACUCGUACCUCCGCCCUCCUUCCCUCUCCAUUCCUCUCUCCCUCUCCCACCUGUUGCCUGCAGCUUGUUGGUCUCGCUCUCCCUCGAGCAAAACUACCCUGGGCUUCUUUCCUGGAAUCUCUCUUUCUCGGCUACUUGCCUCGACAGACAGACAACGUUGCCUUCCGUCGUGAUUCAUCCGUCACUGUCGCUCUCCUGUCGAUCAAUCUUUCGCUGGCACCGCGCCUCAACAAAUACCACCCUCGGUCAUCGCCAUGUCCAUCCUCGCCUGGGCCUCGCGCCGCGUCGGCGGCUUGGCCAUGCUGGGCCUGUUGGCCCUGAGUUAUUGGGUUAUCUCGAAGGAAUCAGCUGCGGCGGCUCAUGGCUACAAUUAUCUCCAUCAAGACAGCCUCAGCGCCCCGACCUCGACCGCGACCACCAAGGGCGCCGGCUACUGGACUGUCAUCUACGCCUACUACUGCCUGUUCAUUCACAUACUCGUCUUUGCCUUCCCUCUCCGAUGCUGCUACGCCGUCUUCGACAUGACCCGCCAGCUGAAGAAGAUCGCUCGCAACAAGACCCUUAGGGACUACAAGUUCUCCCAUCGCCGCCGCGGCUCCUCGACCUCUCUGUCCAGCUCGGAGACCCUGACGUCCUCUCACGCCUGCUCUGCGUCCAGCAGCGAGGCUGGCGACACCGAGCCUGAACUCUACACUGAUGGCGAUGGUGAAGCCGACCGUGUCAUUCAUGCCAUUAUCAUUCCCAACUACAAGGAGGAAAUGGAUACGCUGAAGGAAACCCUCGAGGUUCUGGCAUCGCACCCUCAGGCUCGCAGCUGUUACGACGUUUACCUGGGAAUGGAGCAACGUGAGCCCAACGUGGAACUCAAGGCCAUGACUCUUAUUCAGGAAUUCGUCAAGAAGUUCCGCAGCAUCGAUUACACCAUCCACCCGUCCGACAUCCCUGGAGAAUCUGCUGGCAAGGGAAGCAACGUUGCGUGGGCUGCCCGCAAGCUGAGCCCCAAAUACUCAAUGGCUGCCCGUAAGGAUGUUAUCAUCACGGGUCUUGACGCCGACAGCCACCUCUCUGCCAACUUCUUCGCGUUGCUGACUACGAUGCACCUGGCCUACCCCGAAACGGCAAAGACCACCCUGUACGCUGCCCCAAUCAUUUUCGACCGUAAUGCGCACAGCGUUCCCGCCAUUGUCCGCGUUGCCGACAUCCUCUGGGGCGCCGGUGGUAUGUCUGGAUUGUACUCUGGCUCGACCAUUGCGCCGCCCACAUCUGUUUAUUCGGUACCUCUGGAGCUUGUUGACCGUGUUGGCGGCUGGGAUUGUGACAACGAAGCCAUCGGAGAGGAUUUGCACAUGUAUCUGAAGUGCUUCUUCGCGCUCAACGGCAACUUGACUGUCAGAACCGUCGUUAGUCCCGUCAGCCAGAGCAACGUUUGCGGCAAUGGCUCCAAGGGUCUCCGCGGCAUCUACUCGGACAUGCAAGCUCGUUACAAGCAGGCGAUGAGGCACAUGUGGGGUGCCCUCGACUCUGGCUACGCUCUUCGCAAGGUUGUCGAACUCUGGCAGGAAAGGAAGCACACCUCGCGUGCUUUCCGUCCUCUGCACAACUCCAUGGGCGAUGCUUCUGACGUCUACGUUCCAGAGCCACUCGACCAACAGGAUCCUGAGCAGCCCAGAGAAAGCGGCGUCUUUUCCGACGUCACCCACGACACCCUGCAGUCCCCUAACUGGGAGCGUAUCGUCUACCUGUUCCACCGCCUGUUUGAGGCGCAUUUCCUACCCCUCCAGAUGACCAUCUUCGUCAUCUCGUCGACCCUGUACGUCUGGGUUACGGAGGGCAAUGAGGAGGUUGCACAUCUCAGCUGGAUCUUUGACGUCUGCAAUAUCCUGCGUACCUUCGGCUUUAUGGAGAUCGCUCUCUACCUCUUCCUGUACGAGAGUUUCCACCGCAUCUGUGUCAAGUCUCGCCAGCGCGAGAUGACCGAGGCCGGCUUAUCUGAGGGCAUGAACUUUUCUUACCGCACUGUCAAGAAGAACUUCAUCGAUUACGCCAUGGUCCCCCUGGUUGCUCCCCUUUACGGCGCUAUCCCCUGUGCCCAGGCGCAGCUCUGCCACUUCUGGACGCUGGACCUCGUCUACUCUGUCAGCAAAAAGGUCACCCGGCAAAGAGCGAAAUCUCUCACGGCAUCUGACAUCGCGUAACGACAACUCUUCCCUUCGAUGUUAUCUUUUUUUUAACCCCCUUCAAACU